UUUAUUGAUCGGAGCGCUUGCCCGGUCAGCUGUGUUGCUGAACAAAUAGCGGUCUUCAUUCAGGAGAGACACGCUUUGAGUUUACGGGAAAACAUGUACGGUUCUAAUGUCUUUUUACGAGUACUGUGGUUGUUUUUAUGCCGUGCUAUUGCAAGCUGCUCUCAUUUAACCGCUGAUCGUCAGGCAAACAUAACCAGCAUGCUGGGACAGCAGGCAGAUCGGGUCAUGGCCCUCGGUGAAUGGGAGGAACGCUGGCAACAGAACAAAAUCGGCUUCCAUCAGCCUGAAGUGCACAAGAUGCUGAAGAAAAACAUUGAUAAAGUUCUCAAUGGACGAACGGGAGUUCGCUUCUUCUUCCCUCUGUGUGGGAAAGCAGUAGAUAUGAAGUGGCUAGCAGACAUGGGCCAUUCAGUGGUUGGAGUGGAGAUUUCUGAAAAGGCCAUUCGUCAGUUUUUUGAGGAGAACAACAUGACGUACAGUGAGGAGCCUGUGCCUGCUAUACCUGGAGCAAAGGUUUAUAAGAACUCAGAGAAAAACAUCUCUCUGUAUCAGUGUGACCUGUACAACUUCUCCAAUUCCAUCGAGGGUCAGUUUGGAGCAAUUUGGGACAGGGGCUCUCUCGUGGCCAUCAACCCAGGAGGCAGAGAAAAGUAUGCAGCUCUCAUUAUUUCUCUGAUGGCCAAAGACUGCAGAUACCUCCUCGACACUUUACUGUACAAUCCUGAUUUAUAUCAAGGGCCUCCCUUUUUCGUGCCUGAUGAGCAAGUGCACAGUCUGUUUGGGAGCAGCAGUGAUAUAGAGUUGCUGCAGUCAGAGGACGCCCUCACGGACAAACAACGAAAUUGGGGACUGGAUAAAUUUAUUGAAAAUGUGCACCUCAUCACGCCAAAGAGCAACUAAAGGCUCCGAGUUUGGAGAAAGAAGAAAAUCCUGGGAAGGAAAAAUAAAGGUGAAAGUGAAAGUGCCUGAAAUUCAAGAGAAUUUAUAAUUCUCCUUUUUAUUUGUUGUUGUUAUGGAUCAAAUAACAUGAUAAUAAAAAACACGA